CCGGAGCCAUGUUGGAUGGAACUGCUGGCGCCGAGCGCGGGACACCGAGCGGGCCGCCCCAUGGCGACCGGCCCAGCCCCGUGCACCGUCCGCAGCCCUGUGGCGCUGCAGGUGGGAGACGUGAAGACGGACCUGGCUCGGCCUGGUGUGGCCGUCAUCGAUGUGGCCUUGCCCUCCGCCCAGCCCCUGGAUUUGCAGGAAAUCAUCUUUAAGAACUCCUACACGGCUUUCCUGACUGUGCGAGUGCAGCGGUGCCGCCCCUGUGAUGUGGGGCGCGAUGGCGCCAGGAAGUGGGUCACCUGCUUGUGGAAUCACUGCCUGAUGCCCAGCCCACACACAGAGGCUGGCUCCCAGGAUUACUUCUCUCUCUCCAGGCAUCAGUUGCUGUGUGAUGUGGAUCAGGUGACUGCCAUGCGUUUGAUUCUUCGCCAACCCUCGCCGUUUUGGCUGCACUUCACCCUGGAGGAGCUGCUGCUCUACCCCAGCGGCCAGCAGAGCCCUGCAGACAGACUUCCCAUCCUGGCUGUCCUAUCUGGCCCCCAGCAGCAGCCAGAAAAACUGCAUGGGGGUGUCCCCGACCCGGAAAAGGUGUCUACUGAAGUCCAGCAGCUGUGGGUACUAACAGAAAUGAUCCGCGCCAACCAGACAGCAGCCCGAAUCGGGCGUUUUGACGUGGAUGGCUGUUACGACAUCAAUUUGCUCUCCUACACCUGAGCUCUGGCCCAGACUGCCUGCCCCAUCUGCACAGCACGUUUCCUUCAUCGCUGAUCAGAGUCUGCCUCAGGUCUCCCCAGUCAAGAGGAUUGUUUUCUCUCCCUCCCUGUUCUGUGCUCCCUCAGCCUCCCCCACAGCAUCUUCUGGGCUUCUUGACUCUCGCCAGAUUCCUCUGUCUGCAUCUCCCUGGGCCUGCGGACUUUCUCUUCUCCCGGCACUGCAUAGCUCCCUGUUCUGGGCCCGGCAGGCAUGUCUCCAGCCUCCUGAACAAAUCACAUUGCAAGUGUUUGGCAGAGUGCCCCCCCACCCACCUUGGGAAUUUCAGAUGAAUCCUACUUCCAGGGGGAUCUGGGGUGCCAAUAAACCUAGGGUGGGCGAAGCUCAAGGGACAUGCUUGGCUCCCGGAACAGAGUUACUGCCCUGAAUGCUGCAUCAGAGCCCUGCUCCUCUGAGCUUGGAGCUGCCUGGGGCUGAUGUGCUGAAGGCAUGGGAGUCGGCGGACAGGGGAGGGACUGUGAUGUUCCCUGGUUCUUGCCAUUGCCUGUGGCUGUGCAGUGGGAGGUGCUACCUAAAAGCCACAGGGCUCCUUUGGCAGUUUUUGUCUGUUCUCCCUGUUCUGGUAGGGUACAAGUGGUACAGGGAUGGGGCAUGGCGAGGAGGGACAAGGACUGUCAGUUGGAGCCUUCCAGGCUGCAGAUUUUAGCAAGGUUGCAGGGCUCAGUGCCUUGGAUGGGGAGAGCUGUCUACGGGCUCUUGAGAUCCUCAGCACCAAUGGCAAUCAAAGCAUACUUCCCCAGAACCCAGUCCAGCCACCCCCCAUUGCUCCCAGCCCCAAUUGGCUCCUGACCCAUAAACGUGCAAACUCUGUGAAGAUGGGCAGCUUGUCACCUAGCCCCUCUGAUGGCCCCAGGGUGCUCCCAGAUGUUCACUUCCAAUCAUGGAGUAAAUAGCAGCCACACAGAAGAGAUUUGAGCUCUUAGUCUCUGGAUCCCAGCCUGGAGCACCUUCCCUCAGGGCCCUGGAUCAUGGCCUGGAGUGCCUCCCCCACCCUACCACUGGGGGUUGUCUCUCUCUUCUGCAGUGCUGGGCAAGACUCCCAGCACCCCUGUGUGCUGCUCUUGAGCACCCAGUCCCUUGGUAACACGGAGGUGUGGGCUGGUUUGAGGGCUCACCGGCCUGCUCAAAAAAGCAGGGGAUGGGGUGUGUCUUGAGAACCCCUGCAGCAAUCGAGCCCACUUUGUGCCAUUAACUCUCCCAGGAGUCUUAGUGGAGAGUGCUGGCACCAGAUGUGGGGCAAUGGCAUGACUGCUACUUUCCGUGGUAUUCAGGGCAGCGGCAGGAGUUGAACAGCCUGGCCUCUCCAAAGGGGGCUAUAGUAGUGAGCAUCUUCCAGCCUUUGUCGCAUAUAACCUCGUGCCCACUCUGGGAGUGGCUGGCUCCAGUAUCUGGCUGGGAACCACGGUCCAGAGAGACUUGCCCAGGGUCACAUAAGGAGUUUGUAGCAGAACUGGGACAUGAGCCCUGGUCUCCUGAAUGCCAGCCUAGUGCCCUCCCCCUGAGCCAUCCUUCCUGGCUACAUGCUUCCUUUCUUCCAUCCUUCCUGGCUGCACGUGACUGGGCUGGCCUGAGUAGGACAUGGGUCUUAGGUUGUAGCCAGCCAUGCUGUUCCCUCCAACAGUCACAGUGCCCAUGGGGAUCUGACCUCUGUUCUGCCUGUCCCCACAGGGGGAUGCAUCGUGCAUUUGCUGGAUCUGCACCCAGCUGCUCUAAUAAACAACCCUCAAAGCUGA